GCAAGAUACUCUCUGUCUUUUGCGGUAGAUUCUGGUUCCAGUUUUUUCAAGACAUCUUUCUUUCUUUAGAUUAGAUUCAUUCAUGGCGGCAACCCAAUCACAAGCUCCAGAUCGUACCACUGGUGUGCACGCGUGGAUUUGUGCGCACAUAUUCAUAGCUUCAAGUUUUCCUAUCUCCGAAUUUUGCUUUGGUUGGUCAAUAAUUUGUAGUACCUGUGUUUCUAAGACUCUACUAAGUCACUGAGCAAUACUGAUCAUGGAUGCAGAAGAGCAACCUGCUAAUUCAGAUAACAUGAAGGAACAGGUAAUUCAGACGUCAGCAAAAAAUGAGUCAUCAAUUUCACCUAGUUCCUCUCACGAUACUGCCAGCAUAGGUCUUGUAAGGGGAACAGCAGCUCAAUCAGGAUCGUUUGUAUCAGUAGGGGAUCAUGCUGGCUACUCAGCUAAUAUCUAUGCUCCUCAGGCACAUGGUUUUUAUUAUAGAGGUUACGACAAUACUAUGGGUGAGUGGGAUGAAUAUCCAUCAUAUAUCAAUGCUGAAGGAUUGGAAAUUGGAUCUUCUGGUCUCUACAAUGACAAUCCUUCUCUUGUCUUCCAUACUGGAUAUGGCUACAGUCCGCAAAUGCCAUAUGGACCCUAUUCCCCUGUCACGACUCCUUUACCUUCUGUAGGUGGAGAUGCACAAUUGUAUUCCCACCAACAGUUUCCCUUCUCCGGCCAGCCUUACUACCAGCAGUUAGUUCCUCCCAGCAUGCCGUAUAUUACAUCGCCAACUCCUGUUUCUCAGCCAGAUGUCACUAGUCUGAUGGGUGUUGACCAACAAGGGGAUAACAUGCUUUUUGGGCCGAGGCCUAACUAUCCUCCUCCAGUAGGAUCUUUUGGCAGAGGUAGUUUUCCUGGAAAUCCAGGCACAAUUGGUUUUCCUGAUUUGCAGCAAGGUUUUGAUGGCUUGAGAUCUGGUGGACUUUGGUCAGAUUGGUCCAAGCCUUCUGACAGACAGAGGCCUCUAACCCCUAUAUCACCAGCAGUAUCUCCACAGCCAAUUAGCCCACUUGGUUCAUUUGGACAAAAUGUCCCAAUGGUUUCUCAGCAACAACGAUCAUUUUAUGGGUUUGGAUCUGGGUCAAACUCUUACAGUAGAAAUUACCUAUGCAGUGGUUUUAAUCAGGGCUCUAGUUUUGGAAGUGGAUCUAUUUCAAGUUUGGGAGGGAACAAUCAAGGGUGGCUUUCUCUUGAUAGCAGUAGACAACGUGGAAGGGACAGUGGCUCUUCCUUAUGUGGCUGUAAUGGUGUUCUUGAUAUUCUCAACGAGCAAAACAGGGGACCAAGAGCCUUGAAACCUAAGAGUCAAAUAGCAUCUGAACAUAAUUCUUCCAUGGAUAAUAGCAAACACAAUAAACCCCACACCAAGGUCCAUGAUGAUUCUUACAACAGGUCUGACUUUGUGACGGAGUACAAGGAUGCUAAGUUCUUCAUAAUCAAGUCCUACAGUGAAGAUAAUGUUCACAAGAGUGUUAAAUAUGGUGUAUGGGCUAGCACGCCAAAUGGGAACAAAAAGUUAGAUGCUGCUUACCAUGAAGCUAAAGAGAAGCAAGAUCCCUGUCCGGUGUUUCUCUUUUUUUCGGUCAAUGCAAGUGCUCAAUUUUGUGGGGUGGCUGAAAUGGUUGGACCUAUUGACUUUGAUAAGAGUGUGGAUUACUGGCAACAAGAUAAGUGGAGUGGUCUAUUCCCUGUCAAGUGGCACAUUAUUAAAGAUGUUCCAAACAAUCAGUUCCGACAUAUUGUACUGGAAAAUAAUGACAAUAAACCUGUGACUAACAGUCGGGACACUCAGGAGGUCAAACUGGAGCAGGGAAUUGAGAUGUUAAACAUUUUCAAGAAUUAUGAAAAUGAUAUGUCCAUUCUUGAUGAUUUUGAGUUUUAUGAGGAACGGCAGAAGGCCAUGCAAGAACGAAAGGCUAGGCAGCAAGCCAACUUGAUAUCUGUAGGGGUAGUUGGAGAAAACGAUAGUAGAAAUGCUGUUACAUUUUCCGGUGACUUCAUUAAGCAGAUGUCAAAGAGUUUUGCGCAAGUAGUUCGCUUGGAUGAGGCUAGUAAGGAUGGUUCUGUAGUUGAUAGAGCUAGUUCUGCCUCUGAUGGCUCCCUGGGUACCAGAGUGAAACUUGAGGAUGCUACAAAAGCAGCUGUCUCCUCUGCUCAGGCCAGUUAGGCAGAUAUUAAUGCCUGGGCUUUUGAGAAACCUUGCUGCCCUUAUUAGGUGGCAAUCUUCUGUUCCACUCUUAGUUAAUAUUAUCGCAUGAGGAGGUAGAUCUCUGAUAUUUUGGAAUCUGUUAGAGUGCAUCAGUCUGAAUGAAAGUCUUACAAGUUUUUCAGGGUUGCUGGGGCCUCCUGUAUAAUAUCCUUCCAAAUGCUGCUUUUCAAUUUUACGCUUUGAUUUUUCGUUUUGUUUAUGUCCUUCCAUUGUUGCUAUGCAGGUGAUUAGUUAGGUUAAGGUACUGCGCAACACCUUGCAUUUGUAAAGUUCCAUAGCUUUGCAGGUAGUUGAAUAAAGGAUGCAGCAGAAGGUAAUUGAAGGAAGGUUUUCUUUUAGUUAAUUUUUUUUUUCUAUAUUUCUCAUUUAUGAAUAUGAACAGAUAGCCUUGCAUAUGGUGAGAUGCAUUCUCUGUCUUAACUUCUCCUGAGUUACUGAGUUGCUUCCUUGCCCUUUAUAGUUCCACUUGCUUUGACAGAAUAUAUGAUGAGCUCUUAUUGUGAUA